AUUGUGUUGGCUGCAUUUGAAAAACAAUAAUGUUUUCUUUGAUCUGUUUUUUCCAUGUGUAAAUAUACAGUUUAAUUUCUAAAAAUUAAGGUAUUUUUGUUUAAUAUGGUUGGUUUUAUUUAGUAUCAAAUACUAGAAAACAUCAUGAGUACCACAAUGGAUCAAAAUACGGCAAAAAAAUUAUUUGAGAAAGGUGGUUUUUUCAUAUUAUUAAAUGUUCCUGAAGGAACUGAAUUUGGAAUAGAUUUGAAAUCUUGGAACACUGGAGAGAAAUUUAGAGGAAUUAAAAUGAUCCCUCCAGGUGUUCAUUAUAUUUUUUAUAGUUCCACUAGUCAUGGAGAUGUUGCUCCUAGGACAGGUUUAUUUCAUUACUUUCGCCCAUCAGAAAUAGUUGUAAAGAAAUGGGACAAAGAAAAGGAAUGUUUAAGUACUGAAGAAGUUUCAGAUGAAGACAUUGUGGGCCUAAAAGAGAACAUAAGGGCAUUAGAUAGUUUUUUAGGUCCUUAUCCCUAUGAUAUUUGGGAAAAAUGGAAAAAAUUAACAUCAAGUAUAUCUGAGAAUGUUUUAAAAAAACUUAUUCCUUUAAAUGGUGAAGUGCAUUCAGCUUUGGAAUUGGAAUAUUGUACAGACAAUAAUCGUAAAGAUAUACAACAAAGUGCAAGUAAACCUUCAACACCAAAACAUGCACAAAAGCUUUAUAACGAGUAUGAAGAUGACUUAUUACCAAAUUUAAAACCUAAAUAUGGAACAAAUCUUCAAUUUUCUAUAUUUCCUCCUAAUUAUUAUCCUGUCGGUUCUAGUCCAGCUGAAAUUACAAAACACUCAUUAGAUUGUUCAUAUUUAUUUGAACAGUUACUUUCAACAUAUGAUCGACCUCAAGAUAUUUUAGGUGAACUAGAAUUUUGCUAUGUGUGCUUUUUGGUUGGACAUAGUCUGGAAGCUUUUGAACAAUGGAAAAAAAUUUUAGGUCUUUUUUGUUCAUGCGAUGAUGCUAUAAAAAAAUAUAGACAACUUUAUAACAAGUUUUUAUCGAUAAUUGAAUUACAUGUGAUGGAGAUUCCAGAAGAAUUUUUAGCUGAUAUAGUGUCAAACAGGAAUUUUGUGUAUGUUAAACUUAGAAAUUUAUUCAGCUUUAUAAAAGAAUGUGAUGUGGAUGGCACAUUGAAAUGUAAAGCUGAUAGGUUAAGAAAAAAUCUCACUGAACAAUACAGUUGGGAUUUUAGCCACUUAGGAUCAGACGAUGAAGAUGAUGCCCCUGUUAUUGUAGAUUUAGAGUCUAAUAAAACAUAAAAAAUUA